AUGCCCAAGAGGAAGGUCAGCUCCGCCGAGUGGGCGGCGAAGGAGGAGACCAGGAGGAGGUCCGCGAGGUUGUCAGCUAAACCUGCUCCUGCAAAAGUAGAAACGAAGCCAAAAAAGGCGGCAGGAAAGGAUAAAUCUUCAGACAAAAAAGUGCAAACAAAGGGGCAAAGGGGAGCAAACGGAAAACAGGCUGAAAUGGCUAACCAAGAAACGAAAGACUUACCUGCAGAAAACGGAGAAAUUAAAAAUGAGGAGAGUCCAGCCUCCGAUGAAGCAGGAGAGAAAGAAGCCAAGUCUGAUUAAUACCAUAAACCAUGUCUUAUCAGUGGUCCCUGUCGCCCUUCUUGUACAACCCAGAGGAAUAUUUUUAUCAACUAUUUUGUAAAUGCAAGUUU